AUGCUGACUUGCAGACCUGGAUUCAUCAAGUCGGUGACGAACGGCAUGCUGCUGAUUCUGGCGUAUGUCAACUUCAUCCUGAACGUGAUCCUGAUCCACCGCUCGAAGCAGCUGUACGGGCUGAGCCACUACCCCGCGGCGGGUGUCGCGCAGAUGGUGCUGGGAAUCUGCCAGAUGCUGUGGAUGCUCGCGUACCUCUGCUGGGGCAAGCGCAAGUUCUUCUCGACGACCAACAUGAUGGCCGUCAACGGCAUCUGGACGGCGUACGGCCUCGGCUCCGCCAUUGCCCUCACCUAUCUCGGCCACAAGCACGGCAACGGUUACUGCCCCCCCACACCUGGUUCGGGCGCCGGCGGUGACUGCGCAGGCAUCCUCCGCGGAAGCGAGGGCAUGGCCUGGUCCCUCUUCGGCUGGGACUUGGUCUGGUUCGGUGUCAUCGCCUGGGUCGUCGGCAAGUACAACAAUGGCAACUACAAGACUCCCCUCGGUCUCGUUCCCAUCAAGCGCCGCGCCUACGACGAGGAGAAGGAGGACGCGCCCCCCGCCCACUAA